AAAAAAAAAAAAAAUGAGUAACCAAGAUAUUGAAAGACUUAAGAAUUUGCUCGGUACACAUGUUGAUUUCCCUCAAAAGGGUAUCGUCUUUAAGGAUAUUUUCCCUAUCUUCCAAGACCCUACAGCUGUUGAAGCUAUGGUUUGUAACAUUGUUCACCAUAUCAACUCUACUUAUAGUGAAAAGAUCGAUGCUGUUGUUGGUCUUGAUGCUCGCGGCUUCUUACUUGGUCCUAUUAUUGCACUUCGUUUAGGUGCUGCAUUUGUACCUGUUCGUAAACAAGGUAAAUUACCUGGUGAAUGUGUUCAAGCUACUUAUGUUAAAGAAUACGGAGAGGAUGUAUUUGAAAUGCAAAAAAAUGCUCUUAAGGAAGGUCAUCGUGUGAUUGUGAUUGAUGAUUUAAUUGCCACCGGUGGUUCUGCAGAAGCAGCUGGUGAACUCAUUAAGAAGUGCAAUGCAAAGACUGUCGAGUAUGUUUUCAUUAUUGAACUUGACUUUUUAAAUGGUGCCAAAACAUUAGAUGCUCCUGUUUAUUCUUUGAUUCAUUUGUAGAUUAUUAUUCUUUGUGAUUUAUUAUAUUCGUUUAAUUUUUUAACCAGGAAAUAAAAAAAAAAAAAAUAAGAAAAUUGCUAAGAACU